CGGCGCGCCGCGGCCAGCAGGGUUGGCGGCGCCCCACGCGGCGCAGGGUCACCCACGUGUGCGCGGCGGCGGCGACCAUGGCGGUGGGGCAGCAGCAGCAGCGGCAGCAGCGGCAGCAGCGGCGGCGACGGCGACGACCGGACCAGGGGGGCGGCACCGAGGGCGCGGCAGGGCCCGGGCCCCCCCCCGCGCCGGGCGGCGGCCAGCGUGGUGACUGUGCCUCGCAGGGGCCGGAGGGAGCUGAGGCGGCGGCUGGGGGGCAGCGCGGCGCGGGCCGGAGCAGGAAGCGGCCGCCCGCGGCCGGGCUGCUGCAGCCGGUGAAGCUGAGCCGCGCCGAACUCUACAAGCCGCCGACGAGCGAGGAGCUGCAGCAGCUCAAGGAGACCGAGAACCUCUUCCACUCCAGCCUGCUCCGCCUGCAGAUUGAAGAGCUUCUGAAGGAGGUGACAUUGAAGGAGACAAAGAAGAAGAGGAUUGAUGCCUUCCUCCAUGAAAUUAAUACCCUGUUGAGCUCCAUCCCGGAGACCUCAGAAACUGAUCUCACCGACCAGGCCUGGCUCCCCAAGGGUGUGAAAGUCCCUUUCCUGCAAGUGCCGUUCAGUGUGAAGGGGAGGUUUCGAUUCCUGCCCCCGGCUGAGCUGAAGGUGGUGGGCAGCUACCUGCUGGGCACCUGCAUUAAGCCGGAGAUCAAUGUGGAUGUGGCAGUGACCAUGCCGCGGGAAAUCUUCCAGGACAAAGACAACCUGAAUCAGCGCUACCACCGGAAAAGAGCUCUGUACCUCACUUACAUCGCCCAUCACUUCUCCAAGGAGAAGCUCUUUGGCAGCGUGACAUUUGCCUACAUGAACAGCAACCAUCUCAAGCCCAUCCUGCUCUUGAGGCCACAAGGCAAAGAUGAGAAGCUGGUCACUGUCCGACUCCAUGCCUGUCCUGCCCCAGAUUUCUUUAAGCCAAGCCGCUUCUAUCCCAGCAAGAACAAUGUUCGGACAGCCUGGUUCAUGGAGCAGAGCACUUCCAAAGAAGGAGCCCCAGAGCCCCCAACCCCUCAUUACAACAACUCCAUCCUCUGUGACAUGGUGCUGCUGUCCCACCUGCAUUUCUUGUCCAGUGUGGCCACUGACUUCCCGGGCAUGAAGGAUGGACUGGCCCUUCUCAAAGUAUGGCUGCACCAGCGACAGCUCAGCAAGGGCUUAGGCUGUUUCAAUGGCUUCUUGGCCUCUAUGCUUGUGGCCUAUCUGCUGACAAAACGCAAGAUCGUUAAGAUGAUGAGUGGGUACCAGGUGCUGAGGAAUGUUCUGCAGUUCCUGGCCACCACAGACUUGAGCGUGACAGGGAUCAGCCUAGUGAAGGAUACGGACGCCUCCCUCCCUUCCCUGGAUGACUUUCACCAAGCUUUUGAAGUGGUUUUUGUGGAUCCCUCUGGGCUGGUGAACCUCUGCGCUGAUAUGACUGCCAGCAAAUACCACCAGGUCCAGUUUGAAGCAAAGAGCUCCAUGGAAAUUCUGGAUGACAGCACUGUGGAUGGCUUCCAGGUGCUGCUCAUGACUGCAAAGCCCAUGCUUAGAGCCUUUGACCACAUCUUCCACCUGAAACAUGUCUCCAAGCUGCAAAGUGCCUGCAAGAAGAUGCAGCUGCUGAAUGAGCUGAUGGAUCGAGGUGGGAACUACAUGGCUGCAGCCCUUCCGUUCAUUGUGUCGCUGCUGUCCCGCGGGCUGGCUGGGAGAGCACUGCUGGUGGCUCACUCCUUGCCCCAGACCCCUGAGUGGCCCAUUGAAGCCGAGCCCCCAAAGCACAAAGAUGUUGGGCCCCUGGCAUUUGGACUCCUGUUUGUCCCAGAGUUUGCUGCCAGUACGUUGGAGAAGGGACCACAGGCUGAUCGUCCUGAGGCCCAGGACUUCCGGACCUUCUGGGGGGAGAAGUCUGAGCUGAGGCGGUUCCAGGAUGGCACCAUCUGUGAGGCAGUGGUGUGGGAGGCAAACACUGUGUGCCAGAAACGCCUCAUUCCUGAGCAAAUUGUCAGGCACCUCCUGUGGCUCCAUGCAGACAUUCCUGAAUCCUCUAUCUGUUACACAGGAGCCCUGCUGGAGUCUGUGAUCAAGACUGGACAAGAGGCCUCGGGGACCGGCGAGGAGGCCAUGGUCAGCGUUGUCUGCUCGUAUGAUGACUUGAGCCGCAAGCUCUGGAACCUGGAAGGGCUGCCGCUGACGGUGACGGCUGUGCAGGGUGUUCACCCGGCGCUUCGGUACACAGACGUCUUCCCUCCUAUUCCCAUGAAGCCGGUUUAUUCCUUCCAUACCAGAAUCAGGAACAAAGAUUUGCUGCUUCCCUCGGAGGACAAGCCUUGCCCAGCCUACAUAUCGCCUUUGAAAGUCGUGUGCCACAUGGAAGGCAGUGGCCGGUGGCCGCAGGACAAAGAAGCCAUCAAGCGAAUCAAGGCGGCUUUCCACCUCCAGCUGGCUGAGCUGCUCCAGCAGCAGCACCAUUUGAUCUGCAGGCCUGCAGUCACCCAUACCGAUGUGUACAAGGAUGGCUAUGUUUUCCGUCUCCAAGUGGCCUAUCAUCGAGAGCCCCUAAUCUUGAAGGAAGUCGUCACUCCAGAAGGGAUGCUGAAGUACCAGGACACAGAGGAGUCUCAGCAGCUGGAACUGGAGACCUUGCAUCUGCCUUAUCUAACCAGCUCCCUGCAUGGGCUCCAGCAGCAGCACCCUGCCUUUGGCAGCACCUGCCGGCUGGCCAAGCGCUGGGUCAGCGCCCAGCUCCUGAGUGACCACAUCUCCGACGAGUGCGUGGACCUCCUUGUGGCAUACCUCUUCCUCCACCCGGCCCCCUUCACUCCGCCCAGCUCUCCUCAGGUCGGGUUUCUGCGCUUCCUCAACCUCCUGGCAACCUUUGACUGGAAAAACAGCCCUCUCAUUGUCAACCUGAAUGCAGCCCUCACAGAUGCUGACUGCACGGAGAUCAAGAACAAGUUUGUGGCUGCUCGCUCUCGCCUUCCCAUCAUGUUCAUUGCCACCCCCAAAGACAAGUGGACCUCGAUGUGGACCAAAGAGCGACCCUCAGCGCAGAUCCUGCAGCGCCUUCUUGUGCUAGCCUCAGAGUCCCUCCGGGCCCUGGAGGAACAGCUCAUGGACCCGCUCAGCAGCCAGGAUGUGAAGAUGGUCUUCCGCCCUCCUUUGGAUUUCUAUGAUGUCCUAAUCCACCUGAACCCAAACCAGAUUCCUCGGCAUCUGGAGAGUGUGGACCGGCCAGUAAAGUCAUUUUCCCGAGGAGUGGUGAAGAACAGUGUGGGAGUGAAGAUCCUCUUCCCAGUGGUGGAUUAUGACCCUGUACAGUGCUACCUCCAGGAGCUGAGAGAUGCCUUCAGUGAUCUCGCCUUGUUCUUUUAUGACAAGCACGGUGGGGAAGUGAUUACAGUUUUGUGGAAACCUUUGAGCUUUCAGCCUCAGCCCUUUAAGGUCUCCAGCAUGAAAGGAAGGAUGGUGACAACUCUGAACAAUGAGCUGGUCUGCGUUCCCAAUGUGGAGGCAAUUCUGGAGGACUUUGAAGUUUUGGGAGAGGGUCUGGUCAAAAGAGUGGAAGCUCGUACCGAGAAAUGGACCAUCUAAGGCCUCUGAGAGGUGUCAAAGGGACCUGUUUGGAAGCAGAGCAUUUGUUCGCUCCAGAACUCUUCCUUUUUACAAAUCGGUCCUAGGAAAGGCUUUAGUUUCUUUUCUUUCUUUUUUUUUUAAAUAAAUCCCAACUGUACCUCUUGCUCUAUUUAUCUUUA